AUGAAGUCGUUGCGGAUACAUCAGACUGAGGUCUGGCAACUGAAGGAGUUCCUUUUCCUCUUCUAUGCUCGAGAUGUCGGAAGUUUCGAAGACGAAGCGAAAGGUAUCUGCUUUACGGACUGCUUGUUCACUUGUUGGUCGGCAUCACCAGUAGAAGGGACAGAUUUGGCUUUCUUCAUUUGUUUUCCGGAUUUAGUACCGUGUACGAGGGAUAGAGUGUCGGAUGGGAUAUCACCUUGUCAAGCAGAUGGACGCAGUGGUAGUUUGAGUGGUAGUUUGAAUGGCAGUUCUCUAGAAAUCGGUACGGAAAGAGCCAAUGAAGACGAAGCAGCUGCUGGUACUGGAUCAACUACUUUGGACUUCCCUGUGUCGAGUUUUCUCGCAGAAGAUUCCUCCUUUUCGUUGGACGUUGCGACGACGUUACUGGAAUCACCCUUCGUACCGUUGAAAGGCGCAGGAAGGGCUGCUGCACUGGGCGUGGAGGAUGAAGCGCCGGUAUCGUCGUUGACGAUGCUCUUAGAAGUAGGAGAGAUUGUCGAAUUGGCCUUUUCAGGCUGA